UUAAAAACAAUUUCCUAAAACAAAAUAAAUAGAUGAUCCCGACUCCCGAGUGCACCUAAAAAAAAUUCCAUAUUCGAUAGUCGAUACCAUUGUAACCAAGGUAGAAAACAAACCAAAAACAGAGAAUAAAACAAUAAACAAAAGUGGCAUCUAUAAAGUCCCACUCCCCUGGAUCAUUCAUUACCACUACACACGGUUGCUUCUCCAACGUUUUUUCUCUCUCCUCUUCUUCCAAUUUUCUCCAUCUUCCUCCUUCUUCACUCUAAUUCUCUCUCACACUCCCAAAUUCAACAACGCAGCUUUUUACAGAGAGAAUAUCAAUGGAGAGUUCAUCGGAAAUGGUGGCAUUUCCUUUCUUAAUUGAAUCGAAUUAUAGAGCUUGUACUAUUCCUUACAGAUUUCCGAAUGAUAACCCUAAAAAGCCGACUCCUACUGAAAUUUCUUGGAUCAAUCUCUUCGCUAAUUCCAUUCCUUCUUUCAAACAACGGGCAGAGAACGAUAACACAGUGCCAGAUGCUAAAGUUAGAGCUGAAAAGUUUGCAGAAAGAUAUGGUGAAAUACUUGAAGAUUUGAAGAAAGACCCAGAGAGUCAUGGUGGCCCUCCUGAUUGCAUUCUACUUUGCAGGCUUCGGGAGCAAGUGCUUCGGGAAUUAGGAUUUAGAGAUAUAUUUAAAAAAGUUAAGGAUGACGAGAAUGCAAAGGCUAUAUCUUUAUUUCGCAAUGUGGUGAGUCUUAAUGAUGCUAUUGAGGAUCCAGUUAAACGUUUGGAGAAUCUGGUCAAAGGAAUAUUUGCUGGAAACAUAUUCGACCUUGGCUCUGCAGAGCUUGCAGAAGUAUUUUCAAAGGAUGGGAUGUCCUUUCUGGCCAGUUGUCAGAACCUGCUCCCUCGACCUUGGGUAGUUGAUGAUCUUGACACUUUCAAACUGAACUGGAGUAAGAAGUCUUGGACAAAGGCUGUGUUUUUUGUUGAUAAUUCUGGUGCAGAUAUAAUCUUGGGAAUUUUACCAUUUGCGAGGGAAUUACUACGCCGUGGUACACAGGUUAUUUUGGCAGCCAAUGAAUUGCCUUCUAUCAAUGAUGUUACAUAUACAGAAUUGUUUGAUAUUUUAUCACAGUUGAAGGAUGAAAAUGGACAGCUCAUGGGUGUCGAUACUUCUAAACUCUUGAUUGCCAAUUCUGGCAAUGAUUUGCCGGUCAUUGAUCUUAGAAGCGUGUCACAAGAACUUGCAUAUGUAGCUAGUGAUGCUGACCUAGUUAUUCUGGAAGGAAUGGGGCGUGGAAUAGAGACAAAUCUGUAUGCUCAAUUCAAGUGUGACUCCAUCAAGAUAGGAAUGGUAAAGCAUCCAGAAGUUGCCCAGUUUCUAGGAGGAAGGCUUUACGAUUGUGUCUUCAAAUACAAUGAGGUCUCUGAUUGAUGUAAAUCUUUGAUGCCCACAAAAAGAAUCACCUUUUACUCUCUUUAAAGUAUCACAGAUGUGCAAUAUCAGGACCUGGUGACGUGCUGGUUUUCCUGUACAGCAUAUUAUUGGUAUUUCCUUGAGUAUUCUGCAUUAAACCAGAGGCUAAUUCGCUCAUGUAGAAUGCCAUUUUGACAGGCCAUUUCAUAGUCUUAUUUACACAUGUAUUGGUAUGCUAAUGCUCUGGCUGUGGAACAGAAAUACUUUCCAUUCUUUUAUUGUACUCGAAAAUAGUAAUACUAAUGUGAGAACCAACAAGAUAUCGGAAUAAAUGUUUUGAAUUUCCUUA